AUGGCCAGACAUUUAGGUUUUCUGGUUCUGUUUCUGUCUAUCAUAUCGAUCGGCAAAGCUGUGAUCUUCAGUCCAAUAUCAGACUCUCAUCGAUCUGCGGCAUCGGAGCUCUUCUCGGUCACCGAUGGAUCUUUUGGAAGCUUGGAAGACACAUAUGAGGCUUUAAGGACGUUUGAUAUUCUUGGAAUAAAUAAGAAGUCUGAUGUAAGUGCUUCGACUUGCAAAUCUGUGGAGGAGAUACUAUGGUCACCAUCGUCAAAUUUAAAGGAUCUGUUCUAUGCAUUGAGAGUUAAUGGGCUAUUAAAAUGUGACCUAAAAGACGAGGCUUUUACGGCCAUCGCUUCUAGACUUAAAUAUUUUGUCAAUGAUGCAAAUUCAUUGCUUGACGCCUACCAUUCAAUAGGAGGGUUGCUACUUAUCAAGGAUCAGUCGUCUGAAGUGGAUGUACUUCUUGGAGAUGCUGAUGGGGUUUAUCAAUCCAUUAAGGCUCUCAGCCAAAGUGAUGGAAGGUGGCGCUAUAGUUCUAAAAAUCCUGAGGCUAGUACUUAUGCUGCAGGAAUAGCACUUGAGACCCUUGCCGGAGUUGUUUCAUUAUCAUCUUCCGAGAUUGAUCAAUAUCUGAUUGGUACAUUAAAGACUGAUAUACUGAAGCUUUUUGAUGGUAUUGAGAAAUAUGGUAGGUGUUCUAACAGGUCUUUCUCCCUUCUAAUUAAUGUAAAGAUGAAGAACAAAGCUAUGAAGAGAAAGGCACAAGUAAACAAAAAAAUAGUUAUGCGUAGCAUGUUGUUCUACUUCACUUUCCAAGAUGGGCAAGGACAUGGAGUUGCUCUCUUGUAUGUAUAG